AAAUGGUAACAAACUAAAAAAUUGAAUAUUUUUGUAAAAUGUCAAUCAAAGUAUCCCCAAGUCCCCAACUAUACCCUAGAAAAAUUAGUUUAACUUCAAAAUAUUUUUUUAAAAAAUUAUAUAGGGAUUGACGAUUUGACGCUAGGCACCUAUUCCACUCACAUUUGAGCCCAUCAAAAAAACAACUCCCCACCUCUUACGUCCCACCCACAUCUCACUUCUCAACCCAAAAAUACUACGUACAAAAAAUAAAAGCCCAACCUUAAUUUCCAAUUUUACCCUUGGACCCACCAUUACCUAUUUCCUCAGUUUCUCUCCUCCAAUUAAAAAACUCCUUCCUGGCUUCCUCCCCAAAAAAAUAUUCAAUCUUUUUUUUUUUUUUUUUUUUUUCUGUCUCAUUUAUUUGGUUUAUCACUCAAAACUCCCUCUCCUUCAAUAUUUUCACCCACUCCUCUGCUCAAAUUUAUUAGCCCAUUGUCCCGUACCAGUGGGAUUUAUCUUCACAUUUUGCUCGUGAAUGGCGUCGAUGGUUCAUACUUUCUUCCACUCCCUUCUUUCGUCUUCCAAUUGAAACUUUCUCUCUCCUACUCUUCGGAAUUACUAUUUCAUUACUCAUCUCUGAUUCAGUGGUGGACUGGUGGGCACACAAGCAAAAUUAAACAUGAGGAUGGGGAUGAAGAAGAGUUUGGCUUGCUGUACGAGAGACAGUAGAGAUAUUAGCAUUGAUUUUGAUGAGAAUGAACAUAACAACAGAAUCAUGACAUAUGAUGGUCUCGAGAGUUGCAUUUUCAACAGUCGAUUGUACACAAAUGAGAAUUCAAUCUGUGGGGAGAAUGAUUGUCCAGCAGAUUCUUUUAAUGGAGGAGAAACCAGCUGCUCAUCAAGCAAAGAUGCUUUCGGAUCUUUCUUUUCUGAUAGGACUAUGAAGAGGAACCAUGAAGAAACAGAUGAGUGGAGUGUCCCAGAAAGCCCAGAACAUAUUUAUGUCAAAGACAGAGCUGCUUAUACUACUCAGUUCUCUGAUGUGGAGGCUAUGAAAGAGAAAUUCGCGAAACUUUUGUUAGGUGAGGAUGUGACUGGAGGACGCAAAGGCAUAUGCAGUGCACUAGCAAUAUCAAACUCAAUAACAAACCUUGCAGCAUCUGUUUUCGGGGAGUUGUGGAAGUUGGAACCUUUAUCUGAAGAAAAUAGCGCUAAGUGGCAAAAGGAGAUGGAUUGGUUACUUUCGCCUGCCAAUUAUAUGGUUGAAUUGGUUCCUGCUAAGCAAAGUGAUACUAAUGGUCAGAACUUUGAGAUAAUGACACCCAAAGCUCGUGCAGAUGUGCAUAUCAACCUUCCAGCACUUCAGAAGAUUGACUCUAUGCUAAUUGAAUUUCUGAACUCGAUGGUGGAGACAGAAUUUUGGUAUGCAGAAGGCAAUAGCCGAAAAGAUGGAAGAGGGGGGAGUGAAAGGCAGAGCAGAAGGUGGUGGCUUCCGUCUCCACGAGUCCCAGCUGGUGGUCUCUCAGAAACUGCCCGAAAGAAGUUGCUUUCUCAGGGUAAUAUGGUCCAUCAGGUUUUCAAGGCUGCCAAAUCCAUCAACGAAAAUAUCUUGCUUGAAAUGCCAGUUCCUAAAGGCAUUCAAGAUGCACUCCCCAAGUCUGGAAGGGCUUGUCUGGGAGAGGAAUUGUAUAAAGUCAUAGCCUCGGGAUCAAGCUCAGCAUCUGAAAUCAUUGAUUUCCUGAAACUGAGAUCUGAACAUGAUGCUCUUGACAUUAUCAAUAAGCUGGAGGCUGCAGCACUAGCAUGGAGAGAAAAAAUCAAAGAGCAAGUCAGUGGUAUCAAGACUCCUGUCAGAAAAUCCUGGCGCUUUAUGAAGGAGCCCAUACCUGAGGUGGAAAAGUCUGAGUCACUAUUGCUCUCUGUAGAUGCAAUUCUGUGUCAGUUGAAGAUGAGGUAUCCAUGCCUUCCUCACACAUUCCUCGAUGUCACGAAAAUACAGUAUGGCAAGGAUAUUGGACAUUCCAUUCUUGAAGCAUAUUCCAGAGUUCUUGGAAACCUGGCUUACAGCAUACUAACAAGGAUCGGAGAUAUCCUACAAGAAGAUCACUCGAGCAAUCCCAAUUCCCCAAUGCCAACGCCCUAUAUUUCAUCAGUAUCUUUCAUCAACGGAAUACUGGAUAGCCCCAUAGGCAACCCACAUAUAAGGCACUCCCUAGUUGAACGAAUGAACAAAGUGGAUGGGUAUUUUAGUGACUCAAACCCUAGCAGAUGUUCUGAUUCAGAGAUUUCUUCUAGUACCGAUGCAAAAUCUAGCUCAGUCACUGCAACACCUAGUUCCAGCCGCGUCUGGUGCAUUGGCAAAGAUGGCUGCAGCAAUGCUUCGCCAGAUAGUUCAUUCACAUAAGUUAUCUACUUUGCUAGCUUCCCUGUAUAUAAGUAUGACUUUCUAAUCAAGAACUUUUCCUUAUAUUUCUUUCAUCAGAAAGUGGACAUAUUCAUGAUUGGUAUCUCAUAUUUAUACAGAUAUAUGUGAAGUAUAUAUAGAGUACUAUUUGGACACAUCCAAAACAAGAGUUUUAGAUCGAUCACUCUAUUUAGGACACAGUAUUGAUAAUAGCAAAGCUUCUUUACCAUGAAGUAGUGCCAAAAGCUGUUGCAGUUGCUUCAAUAAGGAUUCGUUUGGCCGGUCUGAUGACUGAAGUUAACAAAAGUUGAACAUCACACUAUCAGUAGUUUAUCUACAAACUACCUACUAACUACAUGUCUAUUGUUAGAAUCAAUGAGGUCUUGGUUUAGUGGCAAAACUGAGUGUGUUAGGUCUUGAUUUAUUAAGACAAUAAAAUUGCUUGAUCCAUUGAUUUGUUAA